AUGACAGUGGUGAACUCUGUUGAGGAUUUGCCGGAAGAUGUGAAAGAAAUGAUGGCACGCACUCGAAAAAAUCCCAUUUCAGUGUUUCUGGAGAUGUAUAUGCAGAUAUUCAAGGAAGCUCCGAAAGUAUUUGUCCAAAAUCUACCUGGAGACGUAAAGGGAUCGUUCUUCUUUGUUACGUCUGUCCGAAUCGGAAAUGUCGAAGUGAAAGGCUUACCACAUCGUACGAAGAAAGUUGCGAAGUUGGACUGUUUUGUUAAAGGGAUCAAGGUUUUGUGUGAACAAUUUACUGUGGAGAUCGCAAAAUCAUCGCAGGAAUUGGAAUUCAAGCAAGAGAGCACAUUUUUCGAGUUGCUACGCAAGCAUACAUACUCCAAGUUCUAUCAGCUUAGCUCCGAGCGUCCAGAAACUAUUCUAUCCGAAAAGGUCAUAGCAAGCAUAUUCCUGAUUACUAGAAGUGAUGCGGGAAGCCGUGCUGAGAUAAUUUCGUUAGCUACUGGAAACAAAGGUUUAAGAGGUGACUUGCUGAGUCUUCAUGGUUGUAGCGUUAACGAUUGUCACGCUGAAAUCAUAGCACGGAGAGGACUUUUACGUUUCCUAUAUGCUCAAGUCAUUUUGUUCACAAAAACUCCUGCACAAUCAAUAUUUGUCAAGAACACUGAAACAAAGAAGCUUGCUGUGCGAAAAGGGCUCUCGUUUCACAUGUUUGUCAAUACCGCUCCUUGUGGAGAUGCUCGUGUGUACUCUUUCAACGAUGCUGGUCUGGUAAAUGCCAAUGAAGCAGAAACCAAUAGCCUUCUACGAUUUAAAGUAGAGAACGGAAUGGGUACUGUCUUGGGUCGAUUCCCGGAAACUCUCGCUCCACAAACCAUUGAUGGUAUUGCUGGUGGAGAACGAGUGCGAACGAUGUCCUGCAGUGACAAAAUGAUGCGCUGGAAUGUUUUGGGAAUUCAAGGAGGAUUGCUCUCUCUAAUUCUCGAUCCUAUCUACUUGUCCUCUGUGGCCGUAGCAGACAAGGCUGAUGGGAAACGCAUGGAAAGAGCACUGUUUGGACGACUUGAAGGUUUCCAGCCCAAAGCUCCCUUCCAUCUAAACAAGCCAUUCAUUGGUAAAUGUCAGGGUGAUGCUUCGUCACGCGAAUCUACAGCUGGUUCACCUAUAUCGGUAAACUGGAACAUAGCAGACGAUUCUAUGGAGGUUUUACGAACUACUUUUGGCCGUAUAGAUGCCCAUACACCAGAGGAGGUUUCCCGCUUGUCGAAGAAAGAAAUGGCUAUGCUGUUUAAGAAGGUUUGCAGUAGCAUUGGACUUCCUGUACCUGAGGGCUACACUUAUGAAAAUAUAAAGGUUCACUGCAAACAACAUCAGGAAGGGAAGUUAGCCCUAGAGAAUUGGCUGCGUGAGCAGAAGUUAGGAAUGUGGCAGUCGAAACCCGAGGAAGUAUCGAUGUUUGUCGUUUGA